UCUGGCAACCCUGAAUAGCCUGCAAUUUGCAAAAAAUUACGAAAAUGGCGACGAUACCAUUUGGGCUAAAAACUCAUGCUCAAAAAGUUUGCAGCCUGUAUAAAAGAGCUUUGAGAAAUUUAGAGGCGUUUUAUGAUAGACGACAUGUAUACCGUUACCAGGCUGUCUUACUAAGAGAGCGCUUCGACAAAAAUGCCUCUAUAAAAGAUAUGCGUAAAGCUGUAGAAUUACUCAAACAAGGAGAAGAGGAACUGUUUCUACAACAGCAUCCUAUUCCUAAAAAAUUCCCGUUGAGUCCCGGGGGAGUGGCAUAUGAGCGUGUUGUGACUCCGCCAGAUUGGGUGCUGGAUUAUUGGCAUCCACUUGAAAAGGCUCAAUAUCCAGAAUACUUUAAAAGACGUGAGCAGAGGAAGAAAGAGUUCAUUGCCAAUUGGGAGAAAGAAUUUGGAAAACCAGAUCCUAAAGAUAUGCAUUGAAAACAUUAAAUGUAUAGUAAUUGUAAUAUAGCAAAGUAA